AUGGGGAUAACAUGCUCCAAAAUGCAACAAUAUUAUGUAAGGAAGCCUGAUUCCAAGCCUGAGCAAUCUACCAUCAUCCAAACUGCCGCCAAUCCUUCACAACCAGCUUUUCAAAAAACUGUCAACACACAAAAGACUCAGCAAUUUAUGAAUAACCCUUUAAAAAGUACCCCGACACUGUGAAAAAGACUCAACAGCCGAGCGGUUUCAGUAAAUUAUGUAGAAGCUUCAUCAGCGUUUAUUGACGUUUAUGCUGCAAAAACACUAGAAGAUAAGUCAAUGAUUCUAAAUGCCCUGAAUAAUCAUUUCAUUUUCACGAGUCUGACUGAUGAAGAUAAAGAAAUUGUUGUGGAAACGAUGCAGCUCUAUGUGUUUGAAAUAAAUACUGUGGUUUUUGAGCAGGACAAGAUUGGAAAAGGAUACUAUGUUGUAAGGACAGGCCAACUAGAAGUAAUCGCAAAUGGCAAAAGAAUAAGCAAGAUCCAUCCCGGAGAAGGCUUUGGAGAGCUUGCUCUUUUGCAUGAAAGCCCACGGUCAGCAACAGUAAAAACGCUUGAAAAAGCUACUAUGUGGGGAAUAGAAAGGAAUACUUUUCGAAAAGUUAUUGAAGAGUUACACUGUAUCGCUCUAAUGCCGAAUAAAUAAUCACUAAUCUGAAAUAAUUUUCUAAGACAAAAAAAUCCCUAAAAAAUCAGCCAAAAACAGCAUAAACACACAAAUUUAUGAACAAAACAGAGAAUUUUUAGAAAAAGUCAACAUGCUGCAGCCUCUGAGUUCUCAACAAAAAGACUCAUUAGCAGCGUCUCUUGUGAGCUGUAAAUAUGUAGCCGGAGAAAAGAUCAUCACCGAAGGUGAUGAAGGGAUGCAUUUAUAUAUCAUCAAGGAGGGCUGUGUAAGUGUACAAAAAAACAAUAAAGAAAUCGCCAGACUUUACUCAGGCCAAUUUUUUGGAGAAAUGACUCUGCUGUAUAACGUGCCACGACAGGCAAGCUGUGUUGCGAUGGAUGGGGUAGUGAAAUGUGUCGCUUUAAGCAGAGAAGAUUUGCAAAAAGCCUUAGGAAAUCAGCUUAUGCUUAUUAUAGAAAAAAUCACAAUUCUGGACGCAAUUAAUAAAUCAAAUAAACUAGCCCUGCUCAGCAAAGACCAAAAGGAAAAUAUUUUAAGAGAUCUAGUCCAUGUCAAUUAUAAAAUAGGAGACGUGGUAAUUCAAAAUCAAAGCCAAUGCCAAAGUGCCUUAUAUAUUAUAAUAAGUGGAAGAUUGCAUUUUUCAAGGUCAAAUAAAGUUUUUGCUGAGAAAGGAAGCUGUGUAGGGGACGAGUAUGUUACUUUAUCUUAUGAAGACCAGUCUCGCUAUGAAGAUGAUAUAGUUGCUGGAUGUGAUAUGAAAAUUGGCGAGCUCACCAAAUAUCAAUUUGAAAUUAUGCCAUUUAUAAUGAAAUAAUGGUUAAAAGCUAACUUUAUAAUAAUAAAAACUAGCAGAAAACCAGUUUUAUUAUGUUAAAAGGUCACUAUAAAUAAGCAUAGCAUAGGAGGGAAAUACAAAGAAGUUGUCAGAGAAAAUGCUGCUAUGAACGUUUUAAGAAAAGUUUAUUUAUUUAUUCAUCUUGACAGCAAAGUGAUAAAAGAUCUAUUUUCUAUUAUAAAAAUCGAAAAAUAUGAAGAUAAUGAUAUUAUUCUGGAUGAAGGGCAUCCUGGGGAGUAUCUGUAUAUAGUCAAACGUGGAAAAGUAAAUAUUAUAAAAAAUGGGAAAAUUGUCAGAACUAUGGUAAAGCAUGACUAUUUUGGGGAAAGGGCGCUGCUGUUUGAUAGAGUAUCAAGCGCUUCUUGCGUCGCUGAAGGAAAAGUAUCUUUAUGAUUAAUUGAAAAACAUGAUUUUAUUAAUAUUUUAAAUGACAAAAUGAGGAAACAGCUCAUCAAAAGAGUAAAAAUGCAGGACGAAAGGGCAGAACUCAAAGACUUGAUAAUCCUCAAACAAAUCGGAAAAGGUCUAUUUUCCAGAGUUUACCUUGUAGGGACCUCAAGAAAAGAUAUUCACUACGCUUUAAAAGUCAUCCCAAGGCGGAAAAUUGAUAUGUAUGCUCUCUAUAUGCAUGUGCUCGUAACUUCUAUUUAGGAAGAGAAAAAAAUCCUAAAUAUGAUGGAUUUUUCAAUGAUCAUAAAUCUGGUCAGGACUUAUAAAGAUGACCGAAGGCUUUAUUUUUUGCUUGAAUAUGUCCAUGGGUUUGAGUUAAGCCAAAUAUUGAGACAUGUAGGAAUAAUUUCGAAUAAUGACUCUUUGUUUUAUGCAGCGUCUUUGAUUUUGGCUUUGCAGUAUAUUCAUGAGAGGGAUAUUAUUUAUAGAGAUUUAAACCCAGAUAAUAUUAUGGUGGAUACUCAUGGGUAUGUUAAACUGGUAGAUUUUGGGUCCUCAAAGGUAUGUGCAGGGAGAACUUAUAGGAAAAUAAAAUAAAUAUACUAUUAAUUUGACCGUAAUAGCUAGAAAAAAAUUAUAUAGCUAUUAAAGGUAUACACUUUAAUAGGAUCCCCUCACUAUGUAGCUCCUGAAGUAAUCGUAGGUAAAGGCUACUUACUUAUUUAAUUAUUUGUAUUUAUAGUGUAUUUAGUGCCAUUCCUGUAGGUGAUUAGGACAAAUAGUGACAUGUGAGCUAUUCUGUCACUUGAAUGGUACAUCAUAUAUGCAGAGGUUCUUCGCCUAUUUCACCAGCUGGCUGCGUGUCUCGACUCCUUCUAUCCCAUGAACAGCCCUUAUGCAUGUUCUACCUAAUAAUCACAGUUAAACUUUAAGUCUUCAUUUGUCAAAGAUCAGAUCAGGAGGCCCUAUACCCUCUAAUUGCCAAACCUAAUAUAGCUAGAUAACGAUUCUCUGUAAAAUCUGACUCAUAAUAAAAUGAGACAGGAGAGGAAAUUUCGCUAACAAUAUUUCACAUAUAUUCCAUUUUAUUUAUUAAGUAUAAGCUACAACAAAAAUGCUGACCUAUGAAGCCUAGGCAUCUGCAUUUAUGAGUUCUUAACUGGGAAAGUUCCUUUUGGGGAAGAUUUCAUUGACCCAUAUGAUAUUUAUGAGUCUAUUCUAGAGUUUAACUUAUCAUUUCCUAAUGAAAUUAUCCAACUCACUGACACUGCAAGAUUAUUUAUCAUGCAACUCCUUGGAAAAUUCCCGGAAACCCGAUGUUCAGGCACAAUUGAAAGUUUGAAAAAGAAUGAAUGGUUUUCUGGCUUUGACUGAGACGCGCUAAUAAGUGAAACCAUGGUGGCCCCUUAUAACCCUGAUAUAGGGGAUAUUGAAGAAGAAGUCGAUGAAUUUGCAGAUAAUAAAAAUGAAAAUAUUGAAGACUUUUUAGAUAAUGCGUCUGAUGAAAGUGAGCAAGAAAUGUAUCAAAUAGAUGACCCAGAAAUAAACGAGUAUAAAAAAACCAUCCCUAGCAACUGGGAUUUUGAGUUUUAA